UCCACGUUGCCGAUCGCCAUGGCGGAGCUGAGCGAAGAAGAAUGGCGGGCAAAGGUCAUGCAGCACAAGGCAGCCGUGGAGGAGCUACUGAAGGCUCGAAAGAGUAAGGAGGCCCUGGCAGAGGCCCUUAGGGACCCACCUUACGGUGCACCCGAAGAGGUGAAGCUGCAGGGCGCCAAGACGGUGCUCUACGCCCUGUCGGCCUUCCGCGAGGCGGAGAUUAAGGAGGCCACGGAGAAGCUGGACGAGGAGAAGCAGAACACGUUGAUGAAAUACUUGUACAAGUUUUGGAGCCAAAGCCUCCCCUCCCGCACCAACGCACAGCUCUUCGUUUGGCAUGCAGCACUGGUGGAGAAGGCCGGAACAGGAUCCAUUGUCAGGGUGCUCUACGACUGCAACCGGCCCUAGAGUCAAAACGAACGGUGACCUGCACUUGGGGGUCCGGAAAUU